AUGGCCGAUGGCCCCAUGGUGGAGGUGCCUGUGGCGGCUGCUGCAGCCAUGCCCUUGGAAGCUGGCGCUGAGGCGGUCCCGUUGGAGGAGGCCCACCCAGCUCAGGGCCUGACGAAGAACGAUAUAGGUGAACGCGAAGCCGAAGUACUUGAGUUGGCAAAGAACUGGAGAGGUGUCAGCCUGGAGAGAUACCUCUCCGAGAUCAAGAGCGGGCUCAAGACAAUCAGGCGUGAUGUUUUCUACGCUGGCGGGAUUGCAAUCGCGAAGUCAAAGGAGUUUCUGAGAAGAAGGCAUUGCAGCGAGCGCCAAAAGGAGGACGCUUGCUCCGGAACUUGCUCCGCGGAACCUGCUCCGGCACCAGCCCCGAUUUGCGCCAGAGUUUUUCAUGUUUUUUCUAUGGCGGAAGAACCCUAA